CGACUUCUCAUCACAUGAAUUCGUCAUUCUUUCCUCGUUCACCUGUUUCUAGUGUGUUUCUCUCAUUGUCACCGCUUCGUAUCGCAUCCUCUUCUGUUUACUGACCGAGUCAGGUUGGCAAACAGAUAUCAUCCAGCUUUCAACAUGUCUGAGCAACCUGCCGCCGAUAAACCAGCAGCUACUCCUGCCGCUGAGGCUUCCGCAACCGCGACUGAAACCUCGGCUGCUGUUCCUGAGUCACAGCCAACCGAGAAGCAGCCUCAGGAGGAAGCUACGCCCGUCGCAAAUGGCGAUGCCAAGCCAACUACUGAACAAGACGCGCCUGCGCUUGCUCCUGCUCCCGCGUCCACUGCUGAGGUCGCUGGUGAUGCCAAGGCACCGGAGGAGUCUGCAGCGAAUGCGGCUCCUGCUGCCGAAAAGGCUGUCGAAGCUGAGCCCAAAAAGCAAGAAGAGGAGGCUAAACCAGCGGCAACAGAGGAACAGCCUGCUGCGGAAGCUGAAAAGAAACCCGAUUACCUCACUAAAAACCCUGCUCUGAGCCAGUUCUUUGAACGGCUCUCUGCUAUUCUUUCCAAAACCGAACACGGCGAGAUGUGGGGUGUGCCUCUGAAGGUAGACUACAAUGAUAUCCCCACUAUCAAUAUUCUGAUCAAGUUCCUCCGUGCCAACGAGGGUAAUGUCAAACUCGCGGAGGAGCAGUUGACAAAGGCGCUUGAGUGGCGUAAGAAGAUGGACCCCGUGGCUCUGCUUGAGAAGGGGAGCUACAAUGCCGAGAAGUUCGAUGGGCUGGGUUACAAGACAAUAUACAAGAACGAUGAUGGGAAGGAUAUCGUUGUCACUUGGAAUAUCUAUGGCAGCGUGAAUAGCGACGUGACUUUUGGUAAUUUGGACGAGUUCCUCAAGUGGCGUGUUGCACUUAUGGAACUCGCCAUCAAAGACCUGAAACUCGGUGAGGCAACUUCGGUCUUGGACUACACCGGUGAGGACCCGUACCAAAUGAUCCAGGUCCACGACUACCAGAACGUCAGCUUCCUGCGGAUGAAUCCCAAUGCUCGCAGUGCUUCUAGGAAGACAAUCGAGGUCUUUUCCACAGCGUACCCGGAGCUGCUCAAGGAGAAAUUCUUCGUCAAUGUCCCCGCUAUUAUGGGCUGGAUGUUCGCGGCGAUGAAGGUGUUCCUCAGCAAGAACACUACCCGUAAAUUCCAUCCUAUCUCGAAUGGCGCCAACCUGGCCCGUGAGUUCCCCGCCUCGUUGGCAAAACUCCUCCCCAAGGUGUACGGUGGUCAGGGUCCUGAUCUCAAAGGGAAUGCGGAGACGGUUAAACUUGAGGCUCCGGUGAAGGAAUCCAGCGCCAACUCCGAAGCGCCAAAGGAGGAGCCAGCGAAGGAGGAUAAGAAACCGGAAGCCCCCCAGGAGGUCGCAAAGGAAGAGUCCAAAGCAGAGGAAACCAAAGGACAACCGGCGACAACUGAGACAGCUGUUGCAGCGCCCGAGGCUGCUGAGGCCAAAUAAGCCACACCUCUCUGAUUCCGACGGACUGUCUUUAUACCCAAGUGACGUCUGGCGAGAGUUGACGAGAUCGUUUUCGCAUUCUAACAUGCAACGCAUCCCGUACAUUAAUGUCUUUUUCUUUAAUUACUUAUGAGAGGUGGGAUCCGGCUGGCCGUGGGAGAAGCUGGGUGGUAAACGCAGAAAAGUCUCGAGUGCCUGUCCUGCCAAAGGGAAACGAGGCAUGUGCAGCUUGAAUUGAUACCCUUGAUGAGCAUGGAGCAGUCAGAUUGACGGUUCAUUGGUUUUGCUUUAAUCCAAGCAUCUUAUUAUUUCGGUAUGUCUUUUAAUCCACUCAAAAUUAGAGAUACUCCUAUUCUAGUUAGUAGUUAGAAUUCACUUCAUUACUUUCACUUCCA